CUCUGCUACUUGGUCUGUGAUCGUGAGUUGACAAGUUUGAAAAGGUUAGCAAGUUUUGUUUGCGGUGUAGUGUAUUACUUGCUUAAUUUGAUAAUAAUUUACUUUCUGUCCCUAAAAUAUGUCGAACAUCAACUUACAAUGCCUGUUAGGAAUACAGUGCAAUGAUUUCGUUAUGAUAGCUGCAGAUCAAACGAAUAGUCAUAGUAUUAUGGUUAUGAAAGAUGACGAAGAAAAGAUCUACAAGAUAUCAGAUAGAUUGGUAAUGGGAGUGAUCGGUGACUCUGGCGACACCACUCAAUUUGCCGAAUACAUAGCAAAAAAUAUACAGCUGUACAAAAUGCGUAAUGGUUAUGAAUUGGGCCCUACAGCAGCUGCAAAUUUCACUCGUCGCAAUCUAGCAGAGUACCUUAGGAGCAGCACUCCAUAUUUUGUCAAUGUUCUUAUGGGUGGUUAUGAUAAAGAGAAUGGUCCUGAGUUAUACUUUAUGGAUUAUCUUGCUUCAAGUAUGAAGGUCCCCUUUGCAGCUCAUGGUUUUGGUGGCUAUUUGAGUUUGAGUAUCAUGGAUCGUUACCACAAAAAAGAUGCAACUGAACAAGAGGCAUAUGAAAUAUUGAAGAAGUGUGUACAGGAAGUGCACAAGAGACUUUUUGUUAGUCUGCCCAACUUCCAAGUAACUGUGGUCAACAGGGAUGGAAUCAAAGUCCUCCCUGUGAUUGAUUCUGCAUCUUUGAAGUAAUUUUUUAUUUUUUAAGGUUAAAUAAAUACUUUUGUCUAUAUGUUUAUAUUUUUUUACACCUAUUAAGAUAAUAAGGUAUUAUUAUACUUUGGUUCUACUUGAAGUUUAUAAAUCAUAUAGGUAUAACCAGGAUCUUAAAUAAAACUUUAUUAAUA